GAGAUAAUAUAGAAAUAUAGAAUACAUGGGGAUCUCAUUGUCAUGUCUUUUUCCUCCUAAAAAUAUUUUAUUUGAAUAAUAUAAUAAUAAUGUGAUUGACAGACAUAUCCGAAGAACAUUGUGGAGAGUGUUUGCAAGAAAUGCAGGUGAAGAACAUCAACACUCUUCGUUAAUCCUUAUGCAUUCCUACCACUAGUCUAGUACCCCCAAUUUCAUCCUAAACCCUGCGAUUUUCGCCUAUUUGUACGUCCUUUCAAUCAAUCAAUCAAUCGAACGAUCGAUCGAUCGAAAAACUGCUGUUGGUGAAUCGCAAAGUUUGAAAUGACGCGAAUGCUACUGAGCAUCCCGUCGCCAUCGUCGAUGAAGAUAUUCGAUCUGUGGUCAUCUUCGAUGAAGAGCUGGUGGGAGGAAAUCAACGAAUCCAGGAAUUGGCAGGACGGAAUCUUCUUCACUCUAUGUGGUUUUUACGCUCUCGUUUCCGUCAUAGCUCUUAUUCAGUUGAUUAGGAUUGAAAUCAGAGUGCCUGAAUAUGGCUGGACAACUCAAAAGGUUUUCCACCUUAUGAAUUUCAUUGUAAAUGGAGUGCGUGCGGUUGUUUUUGGAUUUCAUAUGCAAGUGUUCCAUUUGCAUCCCAAGGUUUUCAUUUGGGCGCUUCUAGAAGUUCCGGGGUUACUUUUCUUUUCAACGUAUACUCUCCUUGUCCUAUUUUGGGCUGAGAUAUAUCAUCAGGCUAGAAGUUUGCCGACAGAUAAGCUCAGGACUACUUAUGUGUGUGUUAAUGUGGGAGUUUAUAUCAUUCAGGCUGGUAUCUGGAUAUACCUCCGGGUAGACGACAACAGCACAGUUCAAUUUGUUGGAAAAAUAUUUAUUGCCGUUGUAUCGUUCAUGGCAGCAUUGGGAUUCUUGAUUUAUGGAGGAAGACUGUUUUUCAUGCUGAGACGUUUUCCUAUUGAAUCUAAAGGGAGAAGGAAGAAACUUCAUGAGGUUGGAUCUGUGACAGCAAUAUGUUUUACCUGUUUCGUUGUAAGAUGCUUUGUGGACGUUUUAUCAGCUUUUGAUGCAGAGAUGUCAUUAGAUGUUCUUGAUCAUCCUGUUCUUAACUUGAUCUUCUACAUGCUAACGGAGAUCCUCCCUUCGGCUCUGGUGCUGUUCAUUCUAAGGAAGCUGCCACCCAAGAGAGUUUCGGCGCAGUAUCACCCGAUUCGUUAGGCAUCAUAUUCUUUGUAUAAUACAUACAUGGGCAUUGAAACAUAAGUUAUUUGGAUUUGGAGAUUGCAGAAUCAGAAACCUAAGUUUGUUGUAAUAUUUUUGUGGGGAAGAACAAAAGAAUGUUAAUGUUUUGCACUUCAUUGGUUGAUUUUUUCAUGGAUACCUAAUAAUUUGGGGACAUUUUUAUGUGUUCA